AUGGCUGCCGAGUUGCGCAGAAAGCUGGUCAUCGUCGGCGACGGUGCCUGCGGUAAGACCUGCUUGUUGAUUGUUUUCUCCAAGGGCACCUUCCCCGAGGUCUACGUCCCCACCGUGUUUGAAAACUACGUCGCCGAUGUCGAAGUCGAUGGGAAGCACGUGGAAUUGGCGUUAUGGGAUACGGCUGGCCAGGAGGACUACGACCGUCUGCGGCCCCUGUCAUACCCGGACUCUCACGUCAUUCUGAUUUGCUUCGCCAUUGAUUCUCCCGACUCUCUGGACAACGUUGGCGAGAAGUGGUGCUCCGAGGUACAUCACUUCUGCCCUGAUGUCCCCAAGAUCCUCGUCGGUUGCAAGAAGGAUCUGCGUUUCGACCAGAAGACGAUUGAGGAGCUUCGGAAGACAAGCCAAGCGCCCGUCACCCCAGAACAGGGCCAACAAGUUGCCACUAACAUUAAGGCCACCAAGUACCUCGAGUGCUCCGCCAAGACCAACGAAGGUGUUCGCGAGGUGUUCGAGUUCGCGACACGCGCCGCUUUGUUGAAGAAGACGGGCAAGAAGAAGACCAAGUGCGUCAUCGCUUAA